AUGGAGUUAAACAGUGGCCAAGCCAGGUACCGAAAAGUGACCAAACCUCCAAGGAAGGUACGCGCAGCCCUAAGCCAUUGGCUCAAACGGACGACCACCCCAAUCUGGCGACUCUUGGACGAUUCUGGUGUUGUGAUUGGCCACGAUCCCAGUCACCAGCGCCUGCACGGCUUCUCGAUUGGGAGUCAGAUUCAUCGCGACCUCCCUCAGCCCUCUUCUUCCCCCUUCACAGUUUCUUCUCUGCUGUUGUCUCGAUCUCUUCACACGGCUCCCUCUUGCUGGCUCACUGGGGGCAACAAGGCCCCCAAGGCACAGUGUGGACGAGCAAUGGGCUGGUCCCAAGGUGUUUCUGGUCUCGUCCGAGACAGUAUUGUGGACCCCCCUUACCGGCUGCUCUCCCGCUCCACCGCCCACGUCCCAUUCUCCCAUGGACCCAGUGGAGAGAGAGACUCAGACCUCGUCUCUUCGGGUUUUUUUCAUCUGGAGGGUGAUUUUCGGUCCAUCUUCACGUUCUUCUGUACAAUCGUUCACUCCAACCUUAUUCCCUUCUUCGCGACGGCUUCGUCGACUUCUCUCUUUUCAAAAACCCUUCCUUCUCGUGUGCUCGUCCCCGCUGGGUGGUGGAGGUUCCGUUACAUUUUUGCUGGUCGAAGACAGUCCUUACCCACCGACACCAGCGAUACCGACGACACCGACGAACGCAUACCCGCCGAUUUUUUCCCUAUCGAUCACCAAAUUCUAGACACAAAGAGACGCCGGACGUCAAAAUCAAACAUCAAUCUCUAA